CUGAGAAAGCUUCAGACUUUUCCGAACCUUCUUAAUUUUCAGCUUCAAUGGCAAUUGGGUCUCAUCAAGAUUAAACCUUUUCGCUACCCAUUACUCCAUUAUGAACUUCUCCGCCAAUUUCCGCGGGAAUUUCGUCCCCAUUUCUCAGUGUAGCUCCUGCUGCGAUCUUCGGUUUCAGCCCUGUUCUGCUUCUCCUGAUUCUUGGCCAAAACGGUGUCGUACGACUAAUGCAAAGCUCCACCACAUUUCCAGAGGUCAAUUGAGGAAUUUGAGUAAGCGUGAAGUAGGGUGUAGAGCUAGUGAGACAGAGAAGGAAUCAGAUAACAAUAAUGAUGAGGAGAAGGCAGGUCAUGAACAUGCAAGUGGAGAUUCUGGUGAGGUGCCGGCGCAACUUGAUUCUCAGCCGAUUGUUGCCAACCAAAUAAACAAUGAGGUUGAAACUAAGCCUCAAGAGGGUGUUCAGGAUGCUGAUAACGCAGAAGUUGCUAGUGGAUCACCUCUGCCAGGUGUGAAGCCACAGCAGGGUGAAUCAAUCCGGAUUCCAAAAGAAACACUUGAAAUUCUCAAGAACCAAGUUUUUGGCUUUGAUACUUUUUUCGUAACCGGCCAGGAUCCAUAUGAGGCUGGAGUGUUGUUUAAAGGAAAUCUACGAGGGAAGGCUGCAAAAAGUUACGAGAAGAUAUCAAAGAGAAUGAAGGAUAAGUUUCGAGAUGAGUACAAGCUUUUCCUUUUAGUCAAUCCUGAGGAUGAUCAACCAGUGGCGGUAGUAGUUCCACGGAGGACAUUGCAGCCAGAGACAACUGCUGUCCCAGAGUGGGUCGCAGCUGGUGCAUUUGGACUGGUCACCUUGUUUACUUUACUUCUUCGGAAUGUUCCUGAAUUGCAGGCCAACUUAUUGUCCGCUUUUGAUAAUGUUGAGCUGUUAAACAAAGGUUUACCCGGAGCCCUUGUAACUGCACUUGUUUUGGGGGUGCAUGAGCUCGGCCACAUUUUAGCUGCAACCAACACUGGAAUCAAGCUUGGAGUGCCGUAUUUUGUCCCCAGUUGGCAGAUAGGCUCUUUUGGUACAAUUACAAGAAUUGUAAAUAUUGUACCCAAGCGUGAAGAUCUUCUGAAAGUUGCAGCAGCAGGACCUUUGGCUGGGUUUUCCUUGGGCAUUAUUCUUUUGCUCUUAGGAUUCAUCUUACCACCUAAUGAUGGUGUUGGAAUCAUUGUUGAUGCUUCUGUGUUUCACGAGUCCUUUCUUGCCGGGGCCAUUGCAAAACUUCUUCUUGGUGAUGCGCUCAAGGAAGGCGCACCCAUAUCUGUUAAUCCUCUGUUGAUCUGGGCAUGGGCUGGACUCCUGAUCAAUGCCAUUAACAGCAUUCCUGCUGGAGAACUUGAUGGGGGAAGAAUUUCUUUUGCCAUUUGGGGAAGAAAGGCUUCCGCUCGCUUCACUGGUUUCUGUAUCGUGCUGCUUGGAUUAUCUUCACUAAUCAAUGAUGUGGCAUUCUAUUGGGUAGCUCUGAUAUUCUUCUUACAGCGGGGGCCAAUUGCUCCUCUUGCUGAGGAGAUUACAGAUCCUGAUGACAAAUAUGUUGCCGCGGGCGUGUUAGUUUUGUUCUUGGGGUUGCUGGUAUGCUUACCAUACCCGUUUCCUUUCAUGGAUGACAUGACAAGUAUCUCAAGUUUCUCAGGGUUAACGGAUAUGCUCUGAGGCAUUGUUUCUUGUAGGUUCAUCUGAGAAGAUGAUAGAUACAUACAUAUUAGCUCAGAUACUAGUUUGACACAUACAUCACCGAUCACGUCAAUGGAUACUUGAGUAUAUCACCUUGUAUUGAUAUUGGCAGUAAUUUUUUUUAUUUCUUUUUACCUUGA